AUGGACGGUCCAAACAACGGCAUCGUCCUCUAUCAUUAUUCAUUCUCUCCAUAUGCGCGACGAGUGCUCUGGUACCUGGCGCUUCGUGGGAUUGACUAUGCUGAAUGCAAACAAGCACCAAUACUUCCACGACCCGAUGUCAAGGCAUUGAGAAUCAACUAUCGCCGCAUCCCCCUGCUAGCCAUCGGUCGCGAUGUGUAUUGUGACUCUCGACUUAUCCUCCGCAAGCUGGAGGAGUUAUUUCCGAACAGCACCCUCGGAGCUUCUACCCCCGAGGAGAAAGCCAUCCAGAAGUUUCUUGAGAUCUGGGCGGUCGAAUCCGGCGUGUUCAACCGAGCGUCGCAGCUCAUCCCCAGCAGCAUGCCGUUGUUGAAUGAUCCUCGUUUCGUGAAAGAUAGAGAGGAUCUGACGAGCCGACCGUGGAGCAAGGAAGGAAUCGAUGCAAAUCGACCAGAGGCGUUAGCCUCCAUCAGGAGUGGCUUUCAAUUCCUUGAGUCGACAUUGAUGGCCGACGGACGUGAUUGGGUGCUCAAGACCAACGGGCCCACACUGGCUGAUAUUGAAGCUAUCUGGACUUUUGAUUGGCUCAAUGGCCUCAAGGGAGCACUUCCCCGGGAGUUGAUUUCUGAGAAGCAAUAUCCCAAGGUGUUCGCAUGGAUAAAGAGAUUUAACGGCGUGCUACAGAAGGCGAAGGCGGAGGCGCCAAAGCCCGCCGCACUAAAAGGCGAUGCUGCAGCUCAACGAAUUUUCAGCGCUUCCUAUGUAGAGAAAGACCUAGGAAUCGACCAGGCGGAUCCGCUGGGACUACAGGAAGGAGCACUGGUGGAGGUAUACCCUCUGGAUUCGGGCUCUCGGCAUCAUGAUGAGGGACGCCUGGUAGGACUCAGUGAGGAUGAAGCCGUCCUGAGCGUUGGAUCUGAAGGGAAAGAAGUACGCGUGCAUUUCCCCCGAACUGGGUUCAGAAUCAAACCCUUCACCGCCAAAGGAGAGGCCAAGUUGUGA